UCUGCAAUCUGUUAUAAGAUACCGUGGUAGCUCAUUUUUGCAGUCUUUUGACACAAUUAUGGCUGGAGCAACCGAAGUUAGCAAUAUUGUUGUUUGUGGACGACAAAGCUCUAACAUUGCUUUGCUUGUCAACGGAUUGCUAGGUAUUCAGUUGGUGUCUGCAGAGGAAACUAGACGGAGAUGCUCUGUGAUCAAAGAGCAAACUGAACAAGCACCUGGACCUAAUCAACCAGAUGUGCAAUUAAAGGUUUGCAUUUUUUCAGGCUUCGGCACCGAUGACAGCCAAACUACUGAUUUGAUUCGCCAAUGUUGUUCAAGAGAUAAAGUUGGUGUGCUUCUCUACUGUAUCACUGCAGAAGGGCUUGGAAUUAAAACAGCUGAGAUAAGAGAAGAGAUCAACAAGAUUACGAGUGCCUAUGGUGUUGACAUUUGGAAAACCAGCGUGAUUGUGUUCUUGAAGGCACACCGAUGUGCACGUGCUUUACAGCGAAGUACGGGAUCCGGGGGAGAGAGCUUCAACAGAGCAAUUGAACUUUGGAAAGAACAAGUGCGAAGUAUAAUGUUGUCAGGUUCGAUGAUCACUCCUAUCCCUCCAAGAACCGUAAGGAAGCUAGCCUUUGUUGUUGCAGGAAAAGAAAAUGAGUUGGCACUUCCUGGACGAGACUUCUGGCUUUCUGUUGUGUGGGUACAAGUUUUUGAAAGAAGCACAAGAACUUGCUACAAAAAAGGUAUUUCACAACUAGCCAAGUUUCAGGCAAGAACGAAAGAAAGAGACGAGAUGAGAAAACCCGAAGUUUCAGAUGACAUCAAGGGAAAGAAAAUUUGGGAGCAGCCGAUUUCGACAGGUGAAAUGUCUCUACGCCAGAAAAUUGCCAUCGGUGCUGGAGGCACUGCUGCCGGAAUAGCUGCUGGUGGUGUGGGUGCCUCAAUUGGUGCUGUAAUUGGUGCUCUUGCGAUUGGUAUACCCACAUUUGGCGUCGCAGCAGGUGCUGGUCUUGUGAUCGGAGCAGCUGUCGGGGGUGGGAUUGGAGUUGGUGUUGCUGGUGCUACUACAGCGGGAGUGAAAGCUUACCAGAAUGUCAAAGAAAAAGAAGAACAAGAAGAAUUUUGUAGGCGGCAAGCAACUACAAGAGCAGAAGAGGAUUCAUCUGAUUCAGAUGACUCCAGAGAUGAGAUGCAAGACCCACCUCGGAAUGGAAACUAAAACUAACCUAUUGAGACUGAGUUAUAUAGUUGUAAUUGUCUGUAGCCCUCUUAUAAUUAGUAAUGCUUUUGCCGAUUUCAUUUUGCGUAAUUAUUGUGUAUCAUUCACUAAAAA